AAGAUUUAUAAAAACUUUACUGCAUUAAAAAUGAUUGUAAAAUUUUCUCAUUCUAAUGUUAUCUACACACGAUGGGGUAGAAAGUCUUGUAAUAAUAACACAGGAGCACAGCUACUUUAUGAAGGAAUAGCUGGUGGUAGUCAUUACUCUCACAGUGGUGGAGGUGCUAAUUAUAUCUGUUUGCCUAAAGUUCCUGAUUACUUGAGUACUGCCAAUCCACCAUAUGAGUCCUAUUUAUAUGGAGCUGAAUAUCAAUAUGUAAACAACAUAUUUCCUUCUAAACAUGAUCACAAUGUUCCUUGUGCUAGGAAUGCUGUAUAUGAGUGUGUUGAUAAAGAUGCUGAGUCUAUUUAUGGUAGUUCUGGCAACAUCGAUGGUGCUUUGUUCUAUUUUGUCCAAGGAACUUGUACUGGUCUUCCAUGUCCUCCCUAUGUCAAUAAUAGGGUUAUUACUUGUGUUGUAUGUACUAAAUAA